AUGGCCGCUGGUCGCCAUUCUUCUGCUUUAUGUGGUCAUCAACAUUUGUCGUCGCCGCCGCUAGCACAGCCAUUGGUUCAGAACAUGCGCUUGGGUUUUAGUUCCGACGGCAACGCUGUUUACAAGCCCAUCUCCGCCGCAACAAACGCCACAGCUGCUACGACGACAACAACAGCAGCAGCAGCAACAUCACCGACUUACCAGCUUGAUGGUGGAAGUGGUGGUGGUGGGGCUGUGAAUGUGAAUGUGAAUAUGGGGAGUAUGACUGGCGGCGAGCAAGCUAAGAGGAAAAGAGGGAGACCCAGAAAGUAUGGCCCAGAUGGCUCUAUGGCUUUGGGUCUCACUCCUACGGCUCAGCUCAUACCUGUAGCUCAGACUCAGUCAAGUGGUGGAGGUGGGUUUUCAUCUCCUCAUCCAGCUCCAACUCCUCCUCCCUCGGCUCCAACAUCGCUUCCUUCUGGAGGAUUAGCGCCACCCACUUCGUUCAAGAAAGCUAGGGGCAGACCGCCUGGUUCUAGUAGCAAGAAGCACCAAUUGGAAGCUUUGGGUACUUAA